AAAAUUCUUACAUCCCUCGGCAGCAGCGUGGAAAAUCCGUUUUUAAGAGAGUAGGAUCUUGUCAUUCCAAAGAUACCCCUCCCCAGCUGGGUGUCGCUCUUUGAUUGGCUUUCAUACAGUUCCAAAUCAGCGGCAACGGAGACCAAAAUUCACAAUAAAACCCUCCUACGGCUUCUCCCUUCCAAUCCCCCCCGCCCUUCUCUCAAACAAAAACACCAAAAGACAUGGAGGCUCUCCGUCUACAGCCACCACAGGGACCAACACUCCUCCGCCCAAGCCGCUCCAGAUUGGCCUCACAAAUCCUCACUAGACCCCACUACAACCCCAAAAAGUCAAUCAAGCGGUUCAUCAAUGCUACCCUAUCAAAACCCACCGCGGGGAUCCCUUCAAUGUCAACGUCAUCAUCUCCCCCCCACGACAAUCCCUUACGCUCCUCCAUGCUUUCUUCACCUCCAUAUCCCGUGAAGAAAGUCUCUGCAAAUUCUCUGCAAUACCCGUCCGGUUACUUGGGUGCCGUACCGGAACGUACUGUUAAUGAUGGCGAUAAUGGGAGUAUAAUAAAUGCAAUGGAGUAUUUGACGAAUAUACUGUCGUCAAAGGUGUAUGACGUUGCGAUUGAAUCUCCAUUGCAGCUGGCGCCUAAACUCUCUGAGAGAUUAGGAGUCAAGGUUUGGCUCAAGAGAGAGGAUUUGCAGCCGGUAUUUUCAUUUAAGCUGCGUGGAGCUUACAAUAUGAUGGCAAAAAUUCCGAAGGAACAGCUGCAAAGAGGAGUUAUCUGCUCAUCAGCUGGAAAUCAUGCCCAAGGUGUUGCAUUAGCCGCCAAAAGACUAGGUUGCGAUGCUGUAAUUGCAAUGCCUGUUACUACACCUGAAAUUAAGUGGCAAUCUGUUGAGAGGUUGGGUGCGACAGUUGUUCUAGUUGGGGAUUCUUAUGACGAAGCACAGACAUAUGCUAAAAAGAGAGCCAAAGAAGAGGAACGGACAUUCAUACCUCCUUUUGAUCACCCAGAUGUUAUCAUGGGACAGGGAACUGUUGGGAUGGAAAUUGUACGUCAAAUGCAAGGUCCGUUGCACGCAAUCUUUGUGCCUGUGGGUGGCGGCGGCUUAAUAGCUGGUAUUGCUGCAUAUGUAAAGAGGGUAAAUCCUGAGGUUAAGAUCAUUGGUGUGGAACCCUCUGAUGCAAAUGCUAUGGCAUUGUCUCUACAUCAUGGUCAGAGAGUGAUGCUGGAUCAGGUUGGAGGUUUUGCAGAUGGUGUGGCUGUUAAAGAGGUUGGAGAAGAAACUUUCCGCUUAUGCAAGGAAUUGGUAGAUGGUGUAGUUCUCGUGAGCCGUGAUGCUAUUUGUGCGUCAAUAAAGGACAUGUUUGAGGAGAAAAGGAGUAUUCUAGAGCCAGCAGGUGCGCUUGCCCUUGCUGGGGCUGAAGCAUAUUGCAAGUAUUAUGGUGUCAAGGGUGCAAAUGUUGUGGCGAUAACAAGUGGGGCAAACAUGAACUUUGAUAAACUGAGGGUUGUGACUGAACUUGCCAAUGUUGGUAGGCAACAAGAAGCUUUGCUUGCAACUGUUAUGCCGGAGGUGCCAGGGAGUUUUAAACAUUUUUGUGAACUGGUAGGACCUAUGAAUAUCUCUGAGUUCAAAUAUAGAUCGAAUUCUGAAAAGGAUGCUGUUGUUCUGUACAGGUUAGUAUUGCUGAGAUUCUAA